AUGUCGGACAACGAGGAUUUACUCGGCGACGACUUAGGAGAUCACAGUCUAGCUGACUAUAACCUUGGCAAUGAGGAGGAAGAACAACUCUUGGCUGACGAUUACGAUGGGGGGCCAUCUCAAAAUGUACCAACAGCAAAUGCUUACAGAGAACAAACAGAAGUUGUUCCGGCAGAAUAUCCUUCGGGAACUUUGGAGUACUCUCAGCCAUCUUAUACUGCACCGGACUCGGAAAGUGUCGUACCUAAUAUUAUGGUAGAAGUUCCGAAUACACAAUCAUACACUCCGUACAGAGAGACAUUUGAACAGGAGCAUGCGGUACCACCAGCUAUUCCGGCAACACCAAUUGAAUCACCACAGAUUGUACCAUCAGAAGCAACGGAAACACCAAAUGUUGAAAAUCAUGAAAGAACAACAGAAAAUCGUUCACAGAGAUCAGCGUUACCAAGAAAUAUACCAGAUUCAUUAGAUAAAGUGUUUGUACCGAACACUUUUCCCGCUAGAGGGCGCGCCUGGCGCAAUCCGAAUAGAUCUUAUAAGCCUUACAGACGAUAUAAUUACAGGGGAAAUUUCAAUAACCCAAGACCUGCAUUUCCUCCGCCAAUGCGACCACAGAACAUAAAUCCACAAAUAAGGCCGGAUAUACCGGAAAUACGUCCCGAUAUACCGAUGGGACCGGAAAUAUCACCGGAAAGACCAAUUCUAUCACAAGAACUGCCAAUAGAAGGGCCAUAUAAUCAGAACUUCCAAAAUUUCCAAUUCAGACCCAAUAAUGACAAUAGGCCCGAAUUGCCAAAUAUUCUGCCAAAUCCUGGGCCAAAUUCUGGGCCUAUGUUCUACCAACGACCUACAUACAACCCAAGGUUUCCGCCAAUGCGCGAAAUCGUCAACACAAAUCAAAUGCCACAAGUCACAAUCCGCCAGCCGAUGCCAAUGCCAAUGCCAAUUAAGGAACCGGAAGUCAGGAUGCUGCCGGUGCCACUUCCGCCUAAUUUACCUCCAGGGAAGAAGGUUCUAAUCAAUCCACACUUCAAAGGGAAUUUCCAACCUCCCGUUGAAGGUCCAUCAUUGCCAGUAGAUGAGGCCGCUGAAAGGUUUAUAGCUGAGCAAAGACAAGCAUUAGCAAGAGCAGCGGCAAGGAAUAGAGAACCUAUGAGGUAUAUAGAAAACACUACUAUUGAGAUUGAGAAUGAGCUAGCUCGCUCCAGUAGAAGAUCUGAUGAUGAUUUGCUUAGAAGACAAGAAGAAUUCAUUAACGCUAAUAGGGCUGGCCUUAGGAGACGUAUGCGAUCUCCUUCACCUCGUAGAAGCCCUGAACGUGCGCGAAGCCCAGAUAGAAGAAGGACAGAUGAGGAAAGUGAUUAUAGACGUCGCGUAAGAGAACAAGAGACUUUAAGAGAGAGAGUUUUACGUGCGAAAGAAGUUAGGAGGAGAAAAAAUGCUGUCGCUUUACAGAGGAGAUUAUCUGAUAAAGACAAAGAUCACGAGAAAGAAGUUAAAUUAGAAGAAAAGAAAGACAUUAAGCCAACAGUGUUACCAGAACAGAAUAUACCAGAUACGACAAGGAAGACUCCGGAGAAGGUUGUUAAAACGGAGAAAACGGAGAAAAUUGUUAAAACGGAGAAGAUUGAAAGAGAUCGCUCACCGAUCAAAGUCGAACGUACAGAAGCUAAUUCAACUUGUGAUACAUUGACGCCCCCACCACUAACGCCUCCCUUACCAAGAGAUAGCGAUGAUGACUUAGAUCUCAUAUUAGAUGACAUAGAUGACAUACUAUCAGACGAAGACAGCGGCAGAUUCAAGGAAAAGAACAAAGUUGAAACACCAAAACCAUCACAAGUUGACCUCCGAUCUAAACUACCUCCUCGUGAGAACAAACCGAGGCAGAAGAUUGUGUUUGACAAGGGUGAUAAGAAAGAAAAGUCCCCAGUGCGUAGGACAAUACUAACGGGAGCUAAUAAAAAUAAUGUUAACGACAAAAACGAGAGCAAAACUGUUAAGGUUAAAAACAAACAAAAACCUGAAUCGACUAACACAGCCGCGCCUAGAGCGAGACAGAAGAUUGUAUACUGUGAUAAACUGACACAAAAGCAAGAUAAGGAUAAACGUGAGACAGAAAAACCUAAAUCACAAUUCACCAACCGGCGUGUGAUACUACAGAAUAAGGUACAGCCGAGCGAUAAACCGACCAGCCGGCUACAGCCGACUGAUAAAUCGUUUAGCCGGCUACAGCCGGGCGGUAUAUUCAGCCGGGCGGUAACAGCCAUCGGUACAGCCAAGCCGGAUAUAGAAUAUGAAAGUUCCGAUGAAGAUGUCAAUGAGAAAAAUGAAACUGGCUUAACGGCUGUCGUCGAAAACUUACCUUACGGUAUGACUGAUACAAGGCUAAAAACAUUGGCUGGGGACAUACAGAGUCUUAUAUUGGAUAAAGAAGAUAGAACGGCCCGAAUAACAUUCAAGAAUAACAACGACGCUGAAGUUUUUUAUAAGAAAUUCAACAAGAAAAUGGUUGCUGCUAGCAGGCUUAGUGUUACACUGAAAUAA